AAUGUGGAAGGAGCAAAGGUAACGUAAUCAAAACCAUCGAACCAUAAAUGUUAUCGACCGAAAAUCGCAAUCUAAGUAUCAGUAAUUAUUCUGUGUGAAAAUGAAUAAGAUUUUAUAAUACACUUGACUUAUUUUAGUAUUGUUUAAAACCAUCAAAUAAUUCGCGUUACCUCAAGUAUUUCCCACAUGCAUGACUAAUGUGUGGUCCACACUGUCACUGUUGUCAGUAGACUGGAAUCAUCUGAUUCACGUAAACAGAGGAAAUAAAACGAGAAAAGUGUAGUUUUUCUUAAGAAUCUUGAAUGAAAAUUUUUAAAUUUGUGUGUUUUCGUGAACAGAUGUUUAUUAAGUAUGAAACAUAUUGUUGGAAAAGUUGUUUUGCUGGGCCAUCAAGGUGUUGGUAAAACUGCAACUGUGACGAGAUAUGUGGAAAAAUCUUUUAGUCAACAAACAGCUCCCACAGUGGGAGCAUCAUUUUUUACUUGUAAAGUGAAUACUGAAGACCAUUUAGUAACCCUGCAGAUAUGGGACACUGCAGGUCAAGAGCGUUUCAAAGCAAUGGCGCCCAUGUUCUAUCGGAAUGCAAAUGCUGCUUUAUUGGUAUUUGAUAUAACAUCACAAGCAUCUUUUGAAAGCAUAAAAAUGUGGGUACAAGAGCUGAAAGGAAACGUUUAUGAACAAAUGGUGCUGUGUGUAGUAGGCAAUAAAAUCGAUUUAAACGACCAAAGACAAGUAACACGCGAAGAGGCAUUAGCUUAUGCAAACAGUAUAAAUGCAAUAUAUUUAGAAUCGUCAGCGAAGACUGAUUAUGGCAUUGGUAUGGUUUUUGAAAAAAUUGCUCAAGGACUGUUGAGGUUACAAGGUCUCAAUUCAACGCUCAAAGUAUUUGAAGAUGAUAUGAUGGCGAAAUCGAGUGAAUUAGAACCAACCGACACAGCAAAAGAAGAAACUGUAAAUAUUAGUAUAAAAAAUAUUGCUCAUGGUGAUAGUGUUAACCGUAACGGUUGUUGUUGAGGAUAUUGUUAUUAAUAUGUAUGAAAUUAAAAAAAAAGAUAACUAGACAUGCAUACAAUUCACAAUUACUGAUAUGAAAUUUGGUUUGUCGAAAUUGUUGAUUUUUUUAAAAAACAAUUUGAAAAUCAUUUCAAUCAGUAUAGUAAAUAUUCAAAGUCACUCAUUCAUGUGAAAACAAAUUCUGAGACUCACUUACAAUAUAAUUUCUUUGCAAGAUUAGUAAAAUUAAGUUGCAAUGUUUUUAUUUUCAAAUUUGAGUGAAUUAAAAUAUUCUUGUUACAUUAUAAGGGGGUGAAAUUAGCAUCUUUUAUAACAUACAAAAUUUUUUUUUGUAAAAUGAAAAUCUAAUUGAACAUAUUUUGUUGAAAACACUUCUUGAUAUAAAAUUUUUUUUCCAUAAUAAUUUGGCAUUUAAUAAUUGUUAAGAAGGCAAAUAUGUUAAAUAAUAUUUUAUUUUUCAUAAGUUUGAAGGAAGAUCCAUCAAAUUCCAUAUGGACAAUCACCUCCUAAAUCGUUUAACAUAAAUUUAGAAACGCACUGUAUAUAUGGUUGACAUUACAAGUGUAGAAAUCUUGAAGUCUAGUUGGAUAUUGACUGUAACCUCGUCAAAUCUUGUCAAUUAUAAUUCACAAAGUCUUGUCAGUUUUUUUCCGUUUCUUUGCUUUUGGUUAAAAAAUACUGUUCCGUAUCGUUAGGGCUUGUGAUCUGCCUGGACCUCCUCUAUCUCUUUCCUCUACUAGACCUCCUUCAAGCAUAACUUCGCGGAGGGAGGAUCUAGCUAUAGAGCUCUUCCAUCAGUUGCUUCUUCAGUUACGAUUUUGCUCCUUCCCCCUUUACAUUUCUUCAAAGCGAUACUUCCUCAACACCUCAGCGGCGAAUGUGCUCGUUGCUGUCCAGACAGUUUGCGUUGAUAACAUAGCCUUCAACAUAUUUUCAGGCGUCCCUACUACUCCUAUUACGGCUUAUCAGAUGGUUUCUUCCUGCACGGGUUGGGCACUCCGGAGAAUCCUCAUGUUUGAAGCACCGGUGUCCAGAGACCAUCUGGGCAAGUAGUAAUUUACCUCUCCGCGAGGGCUGCUGAGCUAAGUGUCAACUCGCGGAAUAAGUCGGUGGUGCCAUCUUCCCUUAGACGAGGCAACCUGUAAAGCUUGCCAACGACCUAUGCUAUUUCUCCGUUCAUCUCUCCUCAACUCUUCUUCGCCCAGCGCGGUAGAUAAACAUACUACGUGCUCGGAUGCUUUGCUGGCAACUCUCAGGACACUCAAACGAAAACUGAAGUGACCCUCCUUACUGGCUCCUGCGUUUGUUAUGUGCUCUUCUUCUCUAUUUUGGAUCUCCUAAGUUCGGCAUAAGACGAGAUAAGAUGUUCCUUACUGCAGAGGCUUUUCCUCUCAAGAUGUUUACUUGGUUCUUGAAAUUUAGGCAUCAAUCAUAGCUCAUCUUAACGGAUAAAAGGUUGGGAUGUGAUCUCCUGCUCCCCGACUUGCAGUUCCAUUCCUGCUGAUCAUAAAUAUAGCCUCUGUUUUGUGCUCUUCCGCUAGUUUCAGGUCGACUGUGUCCAUCCACAUUUUCAAGGACUGUGGUGCUUUACUACAAUUACUAUGGUCACGUCGUCCGCAUAAGCUACGAGGCUCGCCUUCCCCGGUCGUAUCAGCUUUAGUGGCCCAUCAUACAGGAUGUCCCACAAGAGAGAACCUAGGACUGAGUCUUGAGAUAUCCCUCCAAUGACUUUGUACUCCUUGGGAAAAGUCUUGUCAGUACCUCUAGAUAUCUGAUGGGGAAUGUAGGGGAUGAGAAAAGGUUUCACUUCGUGAAAUAGAAGAACUACGCCGAAACAUAAAUUGGUCCUUAAAUAAAUAAAAGUAUAAUUUUGUAAAAAUCAAAAACAAUGAUAUUGGAAAAAAGAAAACCAAUUUGAUUAUCUUAAUUUUUGGUCUCUUUCCUGUGAAAAGCAGUUCGAAGUAUUUAUUUUACUUAUUUAUUUUAUUUUAUUUAUUUUACGUAUUUUCUGUUCUUUUCUAUUAAAAUCUGACUCAAGAGAAAGAGUAUUUCUAUUUCACUCCAUUUUUAAAACCGUCUAAUAUGGCACACUUCUCAGUUAUUGGUAAAUUUUUGUCUUUGUUUUUUGGCAGUGGAACUAUUGUUAUAACCUCCAAAAACACGUGGCUCUCGAGUAACGUCUACAUGCAAGUACAUUUCAUAAAUAGGGAUAAAAUAUAAGAUGAGCAGUCAUUCAGUAAGAUUAGCCAGUGUACUGAAUAUUGAGGCUCUACUUUAUUAUUUGGGAUGGCUGUAGCUGCCAGAUCUUCGUCUUCUAUUUCAUACGCUCCCAGGUCUAGUGCUCUGGAAUUCCGUAGUGUUUUACACUUCAAGAGAAUGUGGCUAGAAGCUUCUGUCUCUGCGCAUUACAUUAUCUGCUAAGUGUAACGUCUUCAGGUGUCCAUUGAGGUGACAGUGCCCCGAUAGGACUCUUGUUAGUAUUCAUAGGUUGUUCUUACUUAUGCUGAUACAUUCUGAUCUGAUCUUUCUUCUCUGGUUAUAGGUACCCAGGAGAGUCUUGGUCUGUCUCAACUUCUGUCCCAGUAACUGGUUGGCUCCUAUCUACCUUCUUUUCCAAUGGUUCUAUUGUUCUGUAGCUGCUACUACAGAAGGGUUCAGGUCCAUUGAAGAGUCUGAUGUCUGUCCCUACUAUCGAGUCUGUCAGCUAUUUCGUUUACCUCCAGUUUGGUGUGACCCGCAUUCUAUUGGUAAUCCUAAACGAGUUUGGAUUUUAUGAUAUUGGAGCUUAGAGCUCAGGAUUUCGGGGUUCUAGACCCGUACACUCCUAUUCCAGGUCUGUACCAUUUAAUAGCAUUUCUGCUUAUUUUUCGUAUGGUGUUUUGAUCUCACUUACUGCUACAGCUUAGUAUUGAGGUCAUUUUUUUCUCAAAGCUGAACAUUUUUGGUUUUCCAUCCUAAGGCAUAAUUCAGAUUUGGUUAUUUUUUAAGGACGGUUUUUGUUUGGUGUUUUUUUUUUCCUCCACGCUUUCCAACCCUAUAUGGGGAGGUGUGGGAUUUAGUGUACCUUUUGGGCAUGAUGUCAUGGCCUGACUGCACAUAUGGAAGCCAGUCUUUGUACCUUCGAGAGAUUGUUCCUCGUGGUAUUUAAACUAGUUCUAGUAGUGAUCCUGGUAAAAUCAUCAUCAUUGCUUCAUAUCAUAUCCUUUUUUCCUGGUAAUUAAGACUAUAAGCUAGAUAUUAUAUUCCUAUUUUUAUAUUUAUAUGUUAGAAUGUUACUAAAUGACAAUAUCCACAGCAUCUAUAUUAAUGAUAUAAUUUGUAUAAAAAAGAUCUCAUGCCAUUGUUAUGGUCUAAAUUUAUACUAUGAAAUUUUUAAUAUUAUUUGUAAGUUAAAAAUUACUAUUGAUCUAUUAAAUGAGUCACAUUGUCUAUUUUACAAAUUUUUUUCCCUGAUACAAUGAAAAUAAGACAGUAUUUCUAUUUUAACUUUUUAUUUUAAUUUUAUUUGAAAUAGUAGACAAUAAAAAUAAUUUUAUAAAGUAUCGUAGAAUUUAAUGUAUAAGUUUAAAUGGUAAUUACAGAUUAAAUUCAUUUUAAUCAAUCAAAUUGUGAACAGUACUUAAGGUGCUUUUUUAAUAUUUUUAUAAGAAUACUUAAAAGAAAACAUAUAUCGGUAUAUGUUUUUUUGCAUUAUGAAUGAAAUGUAUCAUAUAACUAAUAAAUUAUUAAUUUCA